AUGGCUUCACCCGACUCUUUCUCUGAUAUCGAGAGCCGUAAUAGGCUCCCGACCCUCUUUGAGGUCCUAAGCCGUCGCACAUUGGCUCCUGUGGACCUCUUCUCGUUCUACAUUUACAUGCGAGACCAGCGACGUUCCGUGGACUACCUCGAUUUCUGGCUCGAUGUCUCUCAACACAUGUCUUUGUGCCGCCACUAUGUCCGCGAGCUUCGCCGUUCAGUCCUCGUUGCGACACCCGACAUUGAGAGAGCCGAUAGCAAACGAUCGUCCGCCAUGCUUGAGAACUUGGAGAACUUGAGUGAUAUUCCGAUGACCGAGGCUGGGCCUUCACGCAUACGGACCGACGAGAAGGACCGUGAUGCCGACCACCGCCUAUCCGCCUUUUUACGUUCCGAAACGCAGUCGCAUCAUUCACCGCAAAACAGCCUCGGAUCUCAAUCUGAGUACAACAGACCGUCAAAUGACGAUCCCAGCUCGGGCACUCGCAAUGGCGACGACUCCAACUCCCCAGGACACACCGUGGCUCGUAAUGAUAUCCGUGCCAGCGCCGAGAAAAUCCUGUACACUUAUUUACUCCCCGGUGCUGAACGAGAAAUCGGGCUGCCCGAGGCGAUGGUCAGCCAAACCAUCAACAUGAUCGAGGAUGACGGCCGUGAUGACCCCGAGGUGUUCGAUCCCCCGAAGGACUUCGUUUUCCAGGCCAUGGAGCGUGAUGCAUUCCCCGGUUUCUUGCAGGCCAAGGCACUGGGUAACCUUGUGCCCCUCAGCAUUAUUGCUCGCUUGACCUUUGCUCUGAUUAGUUUCUUCGGUGGAUUCUGGGGUGCAUUCUACGUGGUCCUUCGCGACAAGCCUCGGGACAUUCGCUGCUGGAUUAUUCUUCCGUUCGCGGUUGCAGCUUAUUUCAUCGUGUCGUACCAGUAUAAGAUCGAUCCCGUUAUGGCUUUCAUCGGCUACAGCGAGUAUACGUUUAUGAGCUGGGCCCCGAUCCGCGAGCCUUAUGUCCGCAAGCUCCUCAACAAGCGUGCCUUGGUCACUGCAGGAAUCUCCUUCCUGACGGCUGCUGCCUUGAGUAUCUUGUUCAUUUUGGUUCCCGGCACCAUGUUGUGA